AUGAAGGAACAAAGCAAUCAAUUUUCUCUUUUUAAAGUCUUCACAUACAAUGUGUUAAUAUGGACCUGGAAGUACUAUUCUAAUGGGACUCCUUCCAUCGCUAACUCCUUCGAUCCUCAAUUCUCACAGAGCACCACUGUAUAUACUAGGGGUUGUAGGAUACUAAGGGGAGAAGCGGAUGUGUUCGAUCAAUGGAAAUAUGAUUCCAUCAAGGGAAAACUGUUAGAUGUCGAAAACGAAGAUGAUGACCAUUUUGAAUCCAGACUAAAAUUACUUAGACAAGAUGAUGAUGAUAACUUUAGGAACGAAUUUAAAUCCUUAAUGAAAAUAGAAAAGUUAGGGAAAUCAUCCGAUAUGUUUAGUACUCGAAGCAUCUCGAAGGGAAGAAGAGAUCCAUCAGAAUUCAAAUACAGCCCAAGCAUAGCAGGAUCAUACUCAGAGAUAUCUUCGGGUACAACGAGAAGCUUCAGAAGUUCUAGAAGCUCCAAAAGCUCCAGAAGUUCCAGAACCUCCAGAAGCUCCAGAAGUUCUAGAAGCUCACAGAAAUAUGAUGAUAUUGGCAAUUCUAGAGAAUCACUCUCAUACAAUUCAUUCUGCGAUGAUGCAUCACACUACACUUAUCAAACUGCAGAUACAUUUACAUUAGCAAGCGAAGAGCCUUCUGAUGACGAAACUCAAACAUCAUAUGAAUCUUUAUAUGACAGUGAAGAAUAUAUUAAUGAAGAUCAACCUGAUGUAACCUUCAAAUGUACUGACUCCUCUGAUGACGAAUUAGUUAGAUAUUUCAAAAGAAGAAAAUCAAAAAAAUCAGAAUAUGAUUACCUUUACUUACCCCAAGAAAGUAAACAAGAAAAAUCUCCACAAACAUCCCUAAGAAAAUUCUUCAAAAAAUGUGAUGCCAUGUACGAAGCCGAACUACUCGAAUUCAUGUCCACAAAGCAAAGAGAUGACAUGAAUGAUGGACAAUCUGCUAGAAAAAAAUACACCAAACUUGUUAGUCUUCUUUCCCCAAUAAUCGUAAACAUCAUCUUGAUAAUUCUAUGUCUAAUGACCUCAUCACAUUAUGCUUUGAUAGCAGCUGAGACUCUUUUGCUCUUAUCAAUAUAUUAUGUAGCCCGUAAAUGGAAAAAGUGCCGAAGAUGGUUCAUUCGUUACGGAAUCAAUAAAAAAAUUGCAAGAAGAUCAAUGAGGCACUACAUGGAUUAA